AUGACAGUAGGCGAGAGUAACUUUAAUCGCGAUUACUUCACCAACUUUACAUUUCAAAUCAAAAGUGGCAAAGUCUUUCUGGACAUGUAUCUGAAGAAACCCCUGCUCAAGGGCUGGCGAGCUCGUCUGGACUUUCAAUUGCGAGUGAGCAAUGCGAAGAGUUUUCAGAGUAUUUUCUCCACCACAGUUGAUGUGUGCAACAUUGUGAAUGUCUACAAGAAUAAUCUCUUCAAGAAGUGGUAUAGUAAUCUGCUCAAAUACGGCAACUUUCUGCGACAAUGCCCGUUAAAUGCAAGCCAUUACUAUAUACGCAACUGGCAAUUUGGCAAUAAUCUGCUGCCACCAUUCAUAACGACUGGGGCGUAUCGCUUGGAGACCUACAAUUUCUAUGGCAGGUACAGGGCCAAAGACGAGGUCUUCAUAAUGAGCUGUAGUGCCGAUGCCACCAUAAAUGAUUGA